AUGGCGAUACCUAUUAUCGUCUCUGCAGCUGCGAUAUCUGCCAGUGGUCUGCCGGCCGAUGUCCUUGGCGGCGAGGUCACCGACAUUAUGAAGGACCGCUGCCAGCCGGAGUGUGAACCGGGACUUCUAAGAUGCGUUCGCCAGAUAGGAUUCACCGGCCUUUGCCACACUCUCUGGUGCACGCACAGAUCCCGAGCUUGUGGCGGCUGCUUUUCCUGCAAGCACAAGCUUACUCCGCCCGCGCGGGUUGAGGCUCAGGUCAAGGCCCAAACCGUUCCUAAGAUCCUAGAGGGCGACAAUGAGGGUUCGUCCUCGAACAUCAGCGCUCAGAGUCUCGAGGUCGAAGCUAGGGCGCAGGAUGAAGAAGUGGACCCCGAUGCCGACCAGAACUACUUCAACAACUGCAACAAGCAGUGGAGAAAGUGCACCAAAGCAUUCGCUUAUGACUGGAAUCUCUGCAAGGAGAGGCUUUGCCCCGCCAUUUGCAAGAAGGACAAGAUCAUCUGUGGUCACUUUCUCGCUCAGCCGGAUGCCCUUGAGGGGUAGAGGAGACAAUGAAGGGUUGAGAAACAUAGAAGGGAGCAAUCAGGCAGGAUAUCCCGUUAGAUGCUGGCUCUAGAGGACCGACCUUCAUAAAUACUGAUUUCGCAGUUCACAUGCUGUUAAUG